CUUUUGCUAAUUUAAUCAAAUCACAAAAAAAUUUACAAUCUUUGGAAUUAUACAAAUUUUGGGAUCAUUCAACAGCUGAUAAUAUUUAUUCAGCUUUAAAUACUCAAUCUAAAUCUUUAACAUAUUUAAAGAUUCUUGGGGCAAAAGAUUUUAUUCAAAUGUUACCUUUUCUGGAAAAUUGUUGCAGAUUAAAAGCUUUAUAUAUUACACCAUCAAUAAUAUAUAAUCAUUCAGAUUCAAUAACUUGUAGAGAAAUUCCUUUAAAAAAGUUAUAUUUUCAUCAUUACACCGAACCAAAAAUGAUUACUAGUACAAUGAUUCCAAUUUUACGAAUGUCAAGUAGAACAUUAAGAACAUUAACAUUACAACGAGUAAAUUUAGAACAAUUAAGUAUAAUUGAAAGAUAUUGUCAAUUCUUAAAAACUUUAACAUUAUCAAUAUCAUGUUCUCAAUUACCAAGAUUUUGUCGAAUAAUAACAAAAAUGGAAUUAGAAUCAUUAACAUUAAAAAAAGUUUUAGAUGAUUUAACUUUUGAUAUUACAUCAAUUCAAGAUUUAGCUUUAUCAAUUCCAAAAACUUUAAAAAAUUUCGGUAUUGGAUUUAAGAUGUCACCUCAAACUCUUGAAUUAUUUCUUAGAGAAUGUCGUGCUAAUUUAGUAGUAUUGGAUUUAUAUUAUUAUUUUAAUAUGAGUGAUGAUCCUUAUCUGGAAGUUUUUAUUCAAUAUGCUAAAGAAAAUAAUUCUUUUAAACGAUUAAACUUUGAAGAAACUCCUUCGGCACGUUUGAAAAGUGUUUUGGAUAAACCUUCAAAAUUAUUAGAGUAUGCUAUGAAUAUUAUUUCGAUUAAAAAAUUUAAAUUUGGUGCAAACCCUUCUGAUG